UCUUUCUUCUCUCAAAUGGAAGGGGGAAAAUUCUUCUCUACCUCUCCAUCAAACCGUAUAUGAGUUGUUGUCUCUUCUCAUGCGCAAACCAAACACCCAUUAAGAAAAAGACAACACAUGUUUCACAAGUAAAGCACAAGAACCAUAGCACACAAACUUGCACUAGUGGCAUCAUCAUCAUCAUCAUCAUCAUCAUUCCCAGUUCCACUUUUGGCUUAGCUUAGCUAUGAGCUCAAGGCUCAUCGUUGUUGCAGCGGUACUUGCUCUCUUGGCCAUCCUCUUCACCUUCUUCAACCCUCAAACCCUGUUCGCGCCGCCACCUGUUCCUGGCUCCAAGGACCACCUCCACGCUGCUCAGGUGCUCCAUGUCACCGGAGCCGUCGGGCCGGAGAGCCUUGUUUUUGACAGCCGCGGUGAAGGGCCGUAUACCGGCGUCGCCGAUGGACGGAUUCUGAAGUGGGAAGGGGAGGAGCGAGGUUGGACUGAAUUUGCUGUCACCAGUUCCAACAGGACAGACUGCGUGCGUCCAUUUGCGCCAGAGCUGGAGCAUGUUUGUGGGAGGCCAUUAGGACUGAAGUUUGAUAAGAAAAGCGGAGAUCUAUACAUUGCUGAUGCCUACCUUGGCCUAAAAGUAGUAGGACCUGCCGGGGGUUUGGCCACCCAAGUGGUGACAGAAGCUGAAGGUCAGCCCUUUCACUUCACCAAUGACAUGGACAUCAGUGAAGAUGAAGAUGUGAUUUACUUCACUGAUUCUAGCACAAUCUUUCAGAGAAGGCAGUUUAUGCUCGUACUCCUUAGCAAAGAUAAGACUGGCCGGUUAAUGAAAUAUAACAAGCUAACGAAAGAAGUAACUGUCCUAUUACGCGACCUUGCUUUUCCCAAUGGUGUUGCUUUAAGCAGAGAUGGUUCAUUUCUUCUGGUAGCAGAAACCACUACUUGCAAGAUCCUGAGGCUUUGGCUUGGUGGACCUAAUGCUGGCCAAGUGGAUACUUUUGCUGUUCUUCCAGGUUUUCCAGACAAUGUAAGAAGAAAUUCCAAAGGGCAGUUCUGGGUAGCUUUGCAUGCGAAAGCAACUCCUUUCGCGAAAUGGAUUUCUUCAUUUCCAUGGCUGGGUAAUGCAUUGCCGAAGGUUGGAUUUAACUUCAAGCAGUUGCACACAUCAUUUGCUGGGUGGAAGCCUCAUGCCACUGCUAUAAAGCUAAGUGAUAAAGGAGAGAUAUUAGAAGUCUUGGAAGAUUGUGAAGGAAAGACCUUAAAGUUCAUCAGUGAAGUGGAAGAAAGAGAUGGGAAACUUUGGAUUGCAUCAGUGUUAAUGCCUUUUAUUGGCAUUUAUAAGGUAUGAGAGUGUGUAUUUGAGUUACCUUUUCAAAUUAAAUAAGAUGUAGUCAUUUAUAUAUGCCGAUUAUGUAGAUUAUGAAUUGCAUUGAGUGACUGAUGAGGCUAGUUGCUCAUUUACAUGGACUCUGUUCAUUCUCAUAAAAUAUUUUGUCAGGCAGAACUAUUCAUAGUGUGUGCAGGAUUGGUAAAACAACAGCAAGAACCUUUUUAAUUAGUCCAUGGGCAGGGUUAUUAUAUGUAUCGAAUUACAUUUUAAUAUCACGAAUGUAUUGACGUAUUCCUAGUAAA